AUGGAUGAGGAUGCAUUCAAAGAUUACCUGCCGGCCUCAUUCGGGACAACUGGGGGUGAAUUCGAUGUCGAAUCCCAGAUGGAGACAGUGAGGAGGAAAGUAGCCGGUCUGCCUGAGCCCAAGGGCAAGGAUUCGGCCAGUUCGAAAGGUGACAGCGACUCGGACGACGACUCCGAUGACGACUCAGAAGAUGAAGACGAAUUUCCUGUUUCUCAUGAGAUCGUCUUCAAAACCCAUGAUCGUGCCGUCACCACAAUCUCGUUGGACUCGUCUGGUUCGCGGAUGAUCACCGGCUCGACAGACUGCACAGUCAAACUAUAUGACUUUGCUGCCAUGGCGCCCAACACUCUACGAGCUUUCAAGUCUGUGGACCCUACAUUCACAAAGGGCUCGGCGUCUUCGGAGACUCAUCCGGUGCAUACCGCCAAAUUCAACCCGAAUUCACCAAGUCAGGUUCUCGUCGUCUCGGCCACUUCCCAAGCCAGGAUAUUAUCCCGCGACGGCGAAACACAGACCGAGUUCGUCAAGGGCGACAUGUACCUCCGCGACAUGAACAUGACCAAAGGCCACAUCAGUGAAAUCACCUGUGGGACGUGGCAUCCUUAUGCCUAUGAUCUCUGCGUCACUGCCGGAACCGAUAGCACCCUGCGCAUUUGGGACGUGAAUGUUCGGAAUAAACAGAAAGAGGUCAUCGUCCACAAAUCAAAGCUUGCGGGCUCCGCUGGACGAAGUCGAAUGACCGCUGUCGCGUGGGGUAGUCAGGUUCAAGGCGGGAAUAGUCUUCUUGUCGCUGCCGCGCUGGAUGGCUCUCUGCUCAUGUGGGGAGGAGACGGACCUCACCACAGACCUAGUGGCGAGAUCACGCAAGCUCAUACGAGCGACUCUUGGACAAGCGGCAUAGACAUCAGUGCCGAUGGACGACUGGUCGUCACGAGGGGAGGCGAUGACACGAUUAAGCUAUGGGACACCCGCAAAUUCAAACAACCCGUCAAUACCGCAACUCACACCUCGACAUCAAGCCAAUACCCAACUUCGAACAUCUUAUUCGCUCCAAAUGCAUCCUCUAUUGUCACUGGCUCUGAGACUGGGGACCUUUACAUUCUCAACCCAGCAACAUUGAAGCCCGAGCUCGUUACUCCCGUCACCCCCGGGUCACCUUUGGUCAGCGUCCUCUGGCAUGACAAAUUGAACCAAAUAAUCACCGGCAGUGCCAACGGCGAAACGCACGUUCUUUUCAAUCCAAAAAUUUCCACAAAAGGCGCGGUAAUGGUAAUGUCCAAGCCACCUAAGCGUCGCCACAUAGACGAUGACCCAACCCUCACCACGGACAUGUCCCAAGGGCUGUCGAGCGACGCGAUCAUCAACCCAGGGACCGCCAGUGAGGCCAUUCAGGGUAGCACGUUUGCCUCGAGGCACCCAACCAUCGGGCUCACGGCGUCAGGAAAAUCGCGCGAUCCGAGGAGACCACACAUUCCCGCCACCACGCCGUUUGGCAAGAGCCAGCCCGAUGAGCGCCACAUCAAGGAACGGAUCCCGCUCAGCACGAUGAGAGAAGAAGAUCCGAGAGAAGCCCUUUUGAAAUAUGCCGACAAGGCAGAGAAGGAUCCUAUGUUUACGAAGGCAUGGAAAACCACACAGCCCAAAACCAUUUAUGCAGAAUUAAGCGACGACGAGGAAGAAGAUGCUGGACCACAAAAGAAGAAGCAGAGAACGUAA